AGCCGAAGUCAGUGACGCAGCCCUUCUAACGCCGUCAAAAUUGACGGCGCCGCUCCCCUUCCUCUUCUUCUCUUCCUUUCUCUUCACUCUCCAUAGUCCUUCCCCUUUCUCUCUCUCUGCAAAAUACUCUCUCUCUCUCUACAAAACUCUCUCUUUCUCUCUCUAGAAAUUCCAUUUUAAAGAGAUGCUCAUGCUCCUCUCUUUACCUUGCUCCCGUUAAAGCUACGCUUCCAACUCGGAUAGAGCUGUGUUAACUGGUCCUGGUUGGUGAGGGUGCUAUUGGUGUUGUUCUGUUGAUGUAAGCAGCUGAAUAUUGUUUCUAUAUCAGAAUGGGUGCUGUUUGUUGUGUUGCUGCCAAAGAUAAAACUAUACAAAGUGCAUCACCCAGUGAAAUCUUGCAUCGGAAUAUUCGACAUUCUCCAACAUGGAACUUCCGCUGGGAUCAUCGAGGGCGUGUAGCUGGUGAAGAUACUGCUGUAACUUGGUUUUCUAACAGUAUUAGCGGGAAUGAUGGAUUUGAGAACAAAAAUGAAUCCUCGUAUGUAUCGGAGGAUGGAAGCCCAUUGCAGAAUUAUCAAAUUCAAAGGAAUAAUAGAUUGCAAAAAUCCCCAAUCUCUGAAGGAACUGCUAGAAACGUGAUAAAUUCAUCUUCUGAUCAAACUAUUUCAAGGAAUAUCUCCUCAAAUGUGAGCAUAGAACAGGUGAAGGAGUUGGCAGAAUCAUCAACCGUAUCAUGCCCAUAUCCCGCAAAACUUCCACAUUCAUUACCUUCUACUUCUUUGUCAGUAUCUCCUCUGCCAUCCCAAAGUCACCCACUUCCAUCCAGCUCAACACCAUCAAGGUGGCCCUGCCAUUCCACAGGACAGCAACUAUCGCGGCAAGUUUCUGAUAGCCGAAUAUUGGGAUUUAAGACUUCUAGCAACUUUUAUUCAUCUGAAGAGAGGCCAGUGUUUCCUUCAUGGAGCAAAGAAUCUGGUACGCACUCCCAUGGUGGGUCUUUGGAUAAUUGGUCUAGGCCUGGCUUUUCUGAGCUGACAAGCACUUCCCUGAAAGAAAGAUGGUCAUUUGACAGUGAGUCGUUUGGUUUUAAUUGUGAAAGGCUGGUUAGAUCCAGUAGUCAGUUUUCAAACUGUUCAGUUGAUUUGCAAACUUGUGGUGUUUGCUCAAAACUUUUAACUGAGAAGUCUUCCUGGGGCACCCAAAAGAUAAUUGCAAGUAAUGACCUUUCUGUAGUUUCUGUCCUUAUCUGUGGACAUGUUUAUCAUGCUGAAUGCUUGGAGAGUUUGACAUCUGAAGUCAACAAGUAUGAUCCACCUUGCCCAGUUUGCACUUUUGGUGAGAAAUAUACACUUAAGUUGUCUGAAAAAGCUCUGAAAGCUGAAAUGGAUUUGAAGGCUAAAAAUAAGAAAUCAAAGAACCGAAUUGUGGACCGUGAUAUUGAUGAUGAUUCCAUUGUCUAUGAACAUUUUAGAGAAAAAGGGCGUCAUGGUAAAGGUCCUAGAAUCGAUUCUAGUUCCAGUGGGAGAAGAUCUAAUGGGAAACCUUUUCUGAGGAGACACUUCUCAUUUGGCUCAAGGAGUUCCAAAUCCAUGCUGGAUAAUCAGCCAACCCGGAAGAAGGGCUUCUUUUGGGCAAAAUCUAGCAAGGAAUAAGCUGCUUUGGGGUUGUUGAGAGGUUCCGUUGUUGAAUUUCUCUGUAACCUCGCAUAAAAUGACUGAGGAAAGGGCAAGAUGUCAUUCUUCAAGCUUUGAUUUAUGAUCUGUAUAAACUAAUACGUGAUUUCUAAAGGUUUAGAAGCUGGAAUUACUCUGUAAAGAAGAAAAUGAAAAGAUACAGAAGAUAAAUAUAGGAAGACAAAGAUAGUGUUUAUAGACCAAGGGUUUUGUUAUUUUGUACAGAUUGAUUAGUUUAUUGCAUAUGGAUAUAAUUCAUUCAUAUAUCCAAAAGAUGUUCUGUUGGCCCUUGUUCUACUGAUAUGUAAUGCAGUAUAAGUGCCAUAAGCCCUUGGGAGUUUCUGGUGUUGGGCAAUGGUCUUCAGAUUGCAAGGCAAUACCAAUUAGUUUGGUUGACACAAAUUUGUUGUUAAGUAAUGAUAUAUUAACACCCUGUCACUUAAAACAUUUUACUAAUGUCUAUCGUGUCUAUCAUUUCGUUCUA